CCUCCUUAGACAACUCCAAGCCACUCACAGUAAAACAAAAGAAAAACACCUUAACAUCAAAUACGUCGUCUUUAAGAUCGCCAGAGCUCUCACUAAAUUCAGUGAAAUUAGGGUUAGGGUUUGAGUUCGAGUUCAGAUUAAAGGAAUUCCAGUUCCUUCAGUUACUGAAAGAUGUGGCACGAAGCAAGAAGAUCAGAGAAGAAAGUACACGACAUGAUGGACGCAGCUCGAAAGAGAGCACAACGACGAGCCGUCUUUUUGGCCAAGAGAAGAGGCGAUCCAAUGCAAUCCAUUCGACUUAUCGGCAAUCGAUCUCGCAUGUAUCGUGACGAUGGUCUCUAUCAAGCCACACAUGACCAGCAAGGCCUGAUACCUUGGAAUGGAAAACAGGAUGUUCUUAUUGACAGAUUUGAUGGCCGUGCUUUACUUGAUUUUAUACGGGAGUCUGGGACCCGACAGGCCCUGCAGAAAUCGGAAGAAGAAGAAGAACUUGAAGAGUUUGUUAAUUUUGAGCGUUAUCGGGAUUUAAUUAAGCAUCGACGUAGAGGAUUUACUGAUGAUGAGGGUUUGCAGCAUGUAUAUCAAGAGCUUGAGGCAAAGUUUACCACUCCGUUUGCUUCAGACAGUAAUUCUCAGACACAACAACCUCCUGCUAGCAAAGGUCCUUAUUCCCAAGUAGGGUUUUCUUAUGAUGGGGAUGGAAAAGAGGAAACACAUUUUUCAGAUGGUGAUGACAGUGAAAGUGAAGAUGAAGAUGAUGACGAUGAUGAAGAUUUUAAUAGCGAUGACAGCAAUGAUGAAGGAAUGGAAACAAUAGCAAAAGAAUUUGGAGUGAAAAGGUAUGGCUGGCUUGUUUACAUGGAUAAAAAGGCAAAAGAAGAAGAGAAAAGACAGAAGGAAGUUAUCAAAGGCGAUCCUGCAAUUAGGAAAAUGAGUCGCAAGGAAAGAAGGAAAGCUUCUCAGAUAGAAAGGGAAAGAGAGAGAGAAGCUGCUAGAAUAACAGGAACAAGAGUGCUGCAUCAUGAUCCCUACCGUGAAUCUAGACGAAGUCCAACUUAUGAAGCUUAUUCUCGCUCCAGAAGAUCGAGAUCCAGAUCACGCUCAUAUUCACCAUCACAUUCUAGGCGUUAUACUCGUGGAGGGCAUCUUGAUGAAAUUCACCAAAGUAAAUCAAGGACUCCUAAGAUAGAAUACAUCACCGAAUUUGGGGGCUCUUGUGACAGGGAUGAGCCAAAGCUUGGAGGAUAUUCUCCACCACCAUCUCCUCCAUCACAGGCUGAUGUGCUGAACCGGGCGUCAUCUGGUCACAUACUUGAGGCAUUGCAUAUUGAUCCUGCAUCUGGUGUAUCCCCUGAAAAUGAAAAGAGCACAAAAGUAUCAAAACCAGCAGUAAGCGCAUCAUCUGGAUUAGCAAAAUUAGCGAAGGCGAGUACUUCUGGGGGUCCUUUGAAGCAGCAACAAGGAGAGAAAAAAGAAACUCCUCAGGAGAGACUCAAAAGGAUAAUGAGCAAGCAGCUAAACAAACAAAUCAAAAAAGAUACUGCUACCGAAAUGGCCAAGAAACGAGAGCAGGAGCGCCAUAGGCAAGAGAAACUUGCAGAAACAAAUCAAUUGAGUCGAUAUAGACGUCGCAGCCAUAGCAGGAGUCGUUCUCCGCCAAGAAGACACAGGUCCAGUAGAAGUCCAAGUAGAAGUAGGAGCUCUCGAAAAUAUCAUUCCCGUUCCCGCUCUCCAUCCCGGUCCCGAACACGCACCCGCUCCCGCUCACACUCUCAUUCCCGCUCACCAAGGGUAAGAAGCCGAUCAAGAUACUGAUGCAUAAUCUGUAAAGCUGGCUACUUGCAUCAAGAUUUAUUAUGUUUAGCUAUGUUCUUUCAUAUAGUAGUGGUUAGUAGCGGUGCUUUGCUUCGCCUUCUGUUUUGUAACCUGCAGUGAUUUUCAAGGCAGAGAUGAAAGUACGAGUCAGAGCCAUUUUUGUAAUCUGGUGUGUAUGAUUCUUCACGUAAUUGCAUCUUACUAUUUUCCUA